AUGGAUCAACCACACCAGAGCUCGUCGACACAACGUGGCCGGCCGAGGCAGCGUUCGGCUGUCGCGUGUACGUGGUGUCACUCGCGGCGCGUCAAGUGCAAUGCUGCAGCGAAGGGGACGCCCUGCUCGAACUGUGAGGUUGCACGGCGGAACUGCCUGCUGAUCGAGAGCAAACGAGGCAAGAAGCGGAAGGUGUCAGCUUCUCCUUCUGCCAUUCAAGACGAUUUGCCAGGUAUCGUGCCAGCGUCUCCAGGAGAAGCUACUGCUGAGCCCGGCAACGUCUACGAUCCCUUGAAGGGGGUUCGCACGCGGCCGAAGAGUACGCAGGAUGGGCGUCCUCGGACUACGUCCACGUCGACAGGUGUCGCCGACCAGCCCGACCCAGCACAGGAGACUCAAGAGACCCUCUAUGCCCAGGUGCUCGACCGAGCUACUAACGGCGAUGCGCUCCGAGAUGUCAAGGAAGGUGUGGUCCAUUCGUGCUACAUGGGCGAAACAUUCAAUUUGACCCAUCUGCUACGCCAAACCAAUGCGGACUCUGCGCGAUCCGCGCGCAAGAGACAUUACUUGGUACGAUUUGACCCCAAAAAUCGAGCAACACACCCGGUGGAAGACGACAGCUUUGUGCUGUCAUUGCUCCGGCAUCAGGGCUGCUUCACCAUCCCUUCUGUCCACACGUGCUACCAGUUGUUCCGCACCUACUUCGAGUAUGUCCACCCUCAUUACCCGGUCCUCGACCGCGCCGACUUCGCUGCGCAGUACACCGAUCUCGAACAUCCGCCCUCUUAUCUCUUACUCCAGUCCGUGUUGUUUAUGGCGGCCGGUCAUUGUGAUCUCUCUGUCCUGAUCGAGGCCGGCUUUCAUUCGCGCUACCACGCUCGGAAGACCUUUUUCCAGCGCGCGAAAGCGUUGUAUGACAGUGACCAUGAACCGAACAAAGUUACCGUCGUGCAAGCCGUCUUUCUCAUCAGUUUCUGGUGGAAUGGGCCCACCGAUCAGAAAGACACGUGGCACUGGCUUGGUGUCGCAAUCAGCUUGGCACUCACGCUGGGAAUGCACCGUUCGACCAAACAUUCAGACAUGAAACCCAAGGACCGGUGCUUGUGGAAGAAGAUCUGGUGGUCGCUCUUUGCAGAGGACAAGCAUGCUGCCACCGCCCUCGGUCGACCGGUCCACACUCGACGGAGAGAUUGUGAUGUCGAGCUCCUCGAGGUCACCGACUUCAAUGAACAGCCUGUCGCGAGACCUGAUAUCUUUGGCACGCCGGAGCGCGUUGAUUGCCUCUACGUGAUCGCCCUCGUCGAGCUUUCCUUCAUCGCCGAAAGCAUUGUUGAGAAGUCCUUUACGGCGUUCAAUGCCACAACCGCCGACAACAUUGACAUGUUUCAGGAUUGUUCCGAUGCGCUUGAGCAGUGGAAAUCGCGACUUCCGCCGCAGUUGUCCAUUGAUAACACAAGCAACUGCCUCUGGACGAGCAUGCUGCACAUAGCACACAGCUGGUUUGAGAUCGUCACCCAUCGUUCUAUUUCGCCGCAAGACCUGUCUCCGCCCUCGAUGAAGACUGCUCAUACUCUGGCGAUGGAUGCAGCCAACCGUAUGGUUCGCAUCGUCGAAGAACUGCUCUCGCAAUCUCACAUACUGCACUGUCCCAUUCACAUUGUGCCGGCAUUGUUCGCAGCCAUGGGGAUGCAAGCGGUGGACAUAUGCUCCGGGCAGUCAAUCCUCGAACAGCUAGGGGUGGUCAAGGUCCGCCUCGCAAUGAUAGCUCUGCGCGAGCUUCAAAGCACCUGGCCGGUGAGCGGUUGGAUCUUCCGCCUCUUCGCAAAGAUUGUACGCAGGAUACGCAACGGUGACGAGUUGUUACCCAACGAGCCUGUUAAUGGAUUGCCCGUCCAAGCAACAACCCACGUCCCUGACCAUGAUGGCCCAGGUGCACUCGUUAACGGCCAGACAUCGGCCGAGGAACAGCAUUUGAUGGAGAGUGGCAAAUUACAGUAUGGGCAGGAUCCAAGCUUGACUCAGCUAUACACCAUGUCAAGUCACGCUCCCGGUCGACAACUUUUCCCCGAAGCUUCAAACAUUGCCAUGCCGAUGAGUUAUCCAGCAGACUGGGGAACGAUACUUGACGACGGAGCAUGGGCGGACUUUGAGUACGAAUUCUGA